AUGAUGGAGCCGGAGGAGCCGCCGCCUCAGUCCACAGACCUCUCGCAGACCGCUGCAGCUCUAACCGCACGCGCGGCGCUCGGGCUCCCACAGCAGCCGCCACCACCGCAACCCAACCCGCUGAGUGCGCGAGCCUCUGGCGCGGUGCGGGGCGAGUCCGGGCGCGAGCCUGCCGCCCCACCGGCCGCGGGUGUGCACUCCGACCAGCGUCUGGAAAAGCCAGGAGGAGGCGGGACCGAGUUCCGGGUGCUGGGCCUGUGGAAAGAUACCGUUUCUAAGCAAGCCUUUUCUCUCUUAAGAUUCAGAAUUUUGGGAGAGAAUCCGAUUUGUUCUGCAGGUGGUGUUCUGCUGAGGGACAGGCGGCACUACAAGACAAAGCCCACUCAUGGCAUUGGCAGAUACAAACACUUGGUGAAAGUGCUAGAGCCUAAAAAGAAGAAAGCAAAAGUGGAUGUGAGAGCCAUUAAUCUGGGGACAGAUUAUGAAUAUGGUGUCUUAAAUAUCCACCUGACUGCUUACGACAUGACUCUGGCAGAAAGCUAUGCCCAGUAUGUCCACCGCCUCUGCAACCAGCUCUCCAUCAAAGUAGAGGAAAGUUAUGCAAUGCCCACCAAAACCAUGGAGGUGAUGCGGCUACCAGACCAAGGCAACAAAAUGGUCCUAGACUCAGUCCUUACCACCCAUGAGCGAGUGGUUCAGAUCAGCGGUCUGAGUGCCACAUUUGCAGAGGUUUUCUUGGAAAUACUCCAGAGCAAUCUUCCAGAAGGAGUCAGGUUGUCGGUGAGGGAGCACUCUGAAGAAGACUUCAAGGGAAGGUUCAAAGCUCGGCCAGAACUGGAAGAAUUAUUGGCCAAGUUGAACUGAACACUGCUGUCCUUUCAUGCCAUCAUUGUUCUCAGAGAAAGUUCUUCCUGCAUGAUGAGUCAGAAGCAGGAGAAUAAAUGCUCAUACUGGGAAUUGCUCCUGUGUCUGUGACAUGCUGUGCUUGCCAGUCACCACUUACCUUAACAAAACCUAGGGUAUUCUCCACCUAAUAAAAAUCUGCUGUUA